AUGGCAGGAGGUGCAACUGUUAGCUAUGGAGGAGGCCAAAACUACAAUGGUGGUGUGACUGCCUAUGUUGUGUUCACUUGUAUGGUUGCUGCUAUGGGAGGUCUCAUAUUUGGUUAUGAUCUUGGAAUUUCAGGGGGAGUUACCUCUAUGCAACCUUUCUUGGAGAAGUUCUUCCCAUCAGUAGAAAAGAAGAAAGAGAGAGCCGAAUCAGGUGCUGAAAAUGCAUAUUGCAAAUUUGAUAACGCUGCUCUUACGUUGUUCACCUCCUCACUUUAUCUCGCUGCUUUGGUUGCUUCCUUUUUCGCAUCAUCGGUCACGAAACUCUUUGGCCGAAAGCCUUCCAUGUUUGUAGGGGGUCUAAUUUUUCUCAUAGGUUCCAUCCUAAAUGCAAUUGCUCAAAACGUUGCAUUAUUGAUCCUCGGCCGUAUAUUGCUCGGUGUUGGUGUUGGAUUCGCUAAUCAGUCCGUUCCAGUGUACCUAUCCGAAAUGGCACCUGCAAAGCUUAGAGGAGCACUCAACAUGGGAUUCCAAAUGGCAAUCACCAUCGGCAUCCUCGUCGCGAACCUUGUUAAUUACGGCACUAAUAAGAUUAGCGGCGGAUGGGGUUGGAGACUCUCUUUAGGUCUUGCAGGCGUCCCUGCAAUAUUAAUGACUGUUGGUUCAUUUUUCUUGCCCGAGACUCCAAAUUCGAUCAUUGAGAGAGGUAACAUGGAGAAAGCCAAAAGAAUGUUGCAAAAGAUUCGCGGCACUAAUGACGUCGAUGAAGAACUUCGUGAUCUUAUGGAAGCGAGUGAGGCAUCAAAGAAAGUGCAACACCCAUGGAGGAACAUCCUUAAACCGAAAUACAGGCCUCAACUAGUGAUAUGCAGCCUCAUACCAUUCUUUCAACAGCUAACGGGCAUAAAUGUGAUCAUGUUUUAUGCACCUGUUCUUUUCCAGACUUUAGGGUUUGAAGACAACUCUUCCCUUAUGUCAUCUGUCAUAACUGGUAUAGUUAAUGUGGUUGCCACUUUAGUUUCGAUCUUUACAGUUGAUAAGUUUGGUAGAAGGAUUUUGUUCCUUGAAGGUGGCGCUCAGAUGCUUGUGUGCCAGAUAGCGGUUGGAAUUAUGAUCGGGGUGAAAUUCGGUACCAAUGGACAAGGAUCAUUACCGAAUUCGGAAGCCGAUUUGCUAUUGUUCUUCAUUUGUGCAUAUGUAGCUGCAUUUGCUUGGUCAUGGGGACCAUUGGGAUGGUUAGUUCCCAGUGAGAUUUGUCCGUUGGAAAUCCGAGCAGCAGGACAAGCGAUCAACGUUUCGGUUAACAUGUUCUUUACCUUCUUCAUUGCAGAACUCUUCCUAAAACUACUUUGUCACAUGAAAUUCGGUCUCUUCUUUUUCUUCGCCAUCUUCGUCGUGAUUAUGACUGUUUUCAUCGCGUUCUUCAUGCCAGAAACGAAAGGAGUUCCAAUUGAAGAGGUGAAUAGAGUAUGGAAAGCACAUUGGUUUUGGGGUAGGUAUGUCUCUGAUGAACCUAAUAUGAAUGAUGAACACGAGAUGGAUACAGUUGCUCCUAAUCAGGGAGCAUAA